AUGUCUUCGUUCGAUGAUUAUGGCAAGUCGCCGCUGGAAGUCGAGUUCGAGGCCGAGAUCCGGUACUGUUCGUCCGAUAUGCGGCCACUCGCCAACAGAGAGCCCAAGAUAGUGCGCGGAAUAACGCUACAGACUACUGUCUCCGAGCUGCUAAAUAUGUGCGACGAACAAGACGUCCUGGAAAUCGUGAUUGAAAAUGAACACUCAUCCAAGUCGUUGGACCCAAGCUUGCCCUUGUAUCACAUUCUACAAUGUGGUGCAAACGUCACAACCGACCAGGUGCCCACGAUAAUAUCGAUCAGCGUGCUACUGCCCGGCCCGGUGGCACAGCUCAAGAAAUACGUGGUGGCCAUUACAGACGAGCUCGGGCGAGAGAACAAGGUCGAAUUGACCUCUCAAGACUGCAUUCUCGUCGACAACCACCAGACUGGCUACGAUUCCUACGUGCUGUUAUCCAACGCAGGCCGGCAGAAACUUGCGGCCCUUGCCCCGCUCAACACAGAAUUCCACGCUCGCAGUGCGCCGGCAGCGCGCGAAUGGUCGGCUUCGAUGGGCCAGGUGUUAGCCACAUCAUUGCAUCUCCUCUUCAGCACGCCCUCACUGCUAGUCCGCGGAGCAGUGCAUUUCGCUACACAGGGAACGUUCUGGCGUCUCGUGAAUAUCAGCUGGGUGGUGAUCAAGCUGGCUAUCGGGGUGGUUGUGGUGGGGACUUCAGCGCAGGUAAAGAAUGUUUCAGUCGUCAGAAACUUCAUUGCAGACAUUUUCCUCGGAUAUAUCAUUUUGGGCACCAUCCUCGGACGCGACUUGUGGACGAGCUUGAAGGAUCUGGUCGAAAAUGAUUUGCCGGCAUCAGCUCAGAGCGCUGUGUUGCCCAUGGUGCAGAAAGGACUAUCACUGUCUUACUUGGUGCAACAGAAAUUAGAGUGGUCGAUAAUUCAACUGCUCCGAUUUCUUCUGCAACACGAAAGACGCGGGCCUUUGCAGUUGCCAGGAAAAAAUAGGCCCGAGGGCCCGCUAGACCCAAAAAGGGAAUUAAAACAUUAUUUAUGUGUGGCGUUGCAGGACGCCAUAUUACUGGUGAUCACUCUGCACCCAACGGUGUUCCUGCUCUGCCAACAGGAACUGCACAAACAGCAGGAAUUGGUGGCGAAACUGCUCAAAGAUCAGCAGGAACGAGAGCAAAUUGAUUUAUCGGCCCAACAGGAAUAA